AUGUCAUUACUUGAUGGUGACUCUAAUACUGGAGAUAUAACUAUCAAAGGGCAGCUUGAUUAUGAACAAAUACAUUUGCAUAAAUUCGACAUAAUGGCAAAAGAUAAAGGCAAUCCACAAAUGGAGGGACAAUGCAGUAUAAAGAUAAAGAUUGCUGAUGUUAAUGAUAAUGCCCCUGAAAUUAUUAUAACCUCACUCACCAGUCCAAUACCGGAGAAUUCAUCCCCCGGGAUGGUUUUUGCAUUGAUUCGCGCUAAAGACUUAGAUGGUGGUGAGAAUGGCAAAGUAAAGUUAAACAUGACACCGGGCUCACCGUUCACCCUGAAGCCCUCCGUCACCAACCAUUACGCACUAGUGACCAACGGGCCCAUUAGACCGAGAGACGAUUCAGGGUCCCCACCUUUAUCUACAAAGAAAACCGUGACUGUGAACAUCUUAGAUGUAAAUGAUAACCCUCCAGUGUUUUCCCAGCCCUCAUAUACUGUUUAUGUUAAAGAAAAUGGCACCCCGGGAUCUACCCUGAGCUCAGUGUCUGCCUCUGAUACAGACAUGGGUGAAAAUGCUAAGAUCUCCUAUUCUAUAUUACACUCUAAAGUACAAGACCUGUCUGUCUCCUCCUAUAUUUACAUAAACUCAGAUAACGGCAGCAUCUACAGCAUGCACUCGUUUGACUAUGAGAAACUGAAGGUGUUUCAGAUUCAGGUGCAGGCAAAGGACCACGGCUCUCCGUCUCUGAGCAGCAACGUCACGGUACUUGUUUUUGUCCUGGACCAGAACGACAAUGCCCCGCUAUUAUAUACCCCUCCGCUGUCAUGGGUUCUGUUUCCCAUCAGAAGAUGCCCCGGUCCGCUAAAGCAGGCCACCUCGCCACUAAGAUAUCGGCAGUGGACGCAGACUCGGGCCAUAACUCCUGGAUUUCCUAUAGGCUGGUGGAGGUCACAGACUCGUCUCUGUUCAGUGUUAAUAUUUAUACAGGUGAGGUGAGGACUAAACGCGCUGUUUCGGAGCAGGAUGACUCCUCUCAGAGGCUGCUUAUAGAGAUAAAGGACAAUGGGGAGCCGGUCCAGUCCGCCACAGUCACAGUCAACAUACUGUUAGAGGACGGGCUACACAAACCCAUAUCGGACUACCAAAACAGCAGAGCCCAGCAAGAGAAACAGUAAAAUCACCUUUUAUUUGAUAAUCUCUCUGGCCUCAGUGUCCGUCUUGUCUUUGUUGACUUUUCUCAUCUUAGUGGUGAAGUGCGUUAGAAACAGUAUGAGCAGCUCGAGUUGCUGUAUCAGACGGGCUGACUCUGAUGGAUACAAGAAUCCCAACAGAAACCUGCAGCUCCAGCUCAACACUGACGGCCCUAUUAAGUAUGUGGAGGUCCUGGGAGGGGACAUGUUGUCUCAGAGUCAGUCCUUCAGGUCGUGUCUCUCUCCAAUGUCAGAGUUCAGUGAUUUCACCCUCGUUAAACCCAGCAGCACCACUGACUUUAACGAAAUGAUAAACGUGCUUGAUGCAUCUUUACCUGACAGUACAUGGACGUUCGAGAGCCAACAGGUGAGCACAAUUCCUGCUUAAAGUAGGGUUAUGCAAUUGUCCAGUGUUCUAAUCUAUUAUUCAUAUUUCAAUGACUACAUUAGAGCAAAUAUUGUAUACUUGAAUUGAAUAUGUUUUCGUAUAUUGAUAAUUACUUCCUGUGUUUUGUGGUUGUUUUUAUAAACGUCUUGCCUUUAUGAGACUAUGUGCUGCAUAGUCAGCCUGACCGCAAUGACUUGGCGCUGUCCAAGGUCCAGCAAUCAGGCUGCAAUUCUGACUCGCUGAACGUGGUUGUUUUGUUGCUGUCUGCGGUGCUUGAAUAUUGGGGAGUGCUGAGGGAUUCAGUUCUUCACUAGCAGCAUUGGACUCUUUUAAUACCUCAACUAGUAGAACUGAACACCUUGGUUGUUUUGUAAUGUGCUGUGUUGUUUUGUUCUGUUACUCGCUCUGACAAUAUAUAUUAUCACACCACAAGCCUCUCAGCUGCUGGAGCGUCUACUCCUACAAGUUUGCAGCGAUCUUCUUCAUUUUAGGCUCAAAAGAAGCGCUUUAUCCUCUUAGGCUGGGGUUACACGAAGCAACUAUCACACAAUUGUUGUUGCAGGUUGCAAGUGACAUCAUCUCAAGCAACUUUGUGGUUACAUAAAGCAACUCAAACGCGAUUAAAAUUGCAUUCAACAGCCAAUCAAAUUGAAGCUGCUUCUGUCAUAUUGUUUAUCCCACCUUUCCUUACUGUAUAAGGAUAGAGUUAGUCAAAAUGCUGGCUGUACUAUUUAGCUAGCUAUACAAAAAAAAAUUUUUUUUUACCAGCACUGUUUGAUCAAGUUAGCUAGUUAGCUAGCAACGAUCUAGCCAUACUAGCAAAAAACUUGCUAGCUAACGUUAGUGCAACUCAUGUUGAACAAUUUCAGUUGAAACUGGUCAGAGAGAGGUCUGGGUUCACUUCAAAAAUUUAAUUUAUUGACUUCCACUCAAAAUGUAACUUAUUGACUUCCAAACCUUGUACAUAAACCUUUAUAUAUUUAUUUUUACAGCUCCCAUUUGGGUUAUGUCUUCUCUGCCCACCUUGUUGUUUCUUAUUAGUUGCAGGGUUUUCUUUCAUUUCGUGGAGCGUGCAAGUUGCAUCAUGUAACUGCAGCCUACAUGCUACUGGCCACUUUAUAUUCAUCUGUGUUAGGUAUUUUUGGAAUGGCACGGUUACUACAGGAGAUUCAGCUGUCAUAAUGCACACGAUGUAAGCGUUUGUAGGCCAAUUUUGAGUUUGUAGAAUUACUUCAUUACCCAUAAUGCUAAUUGACUGGACAUUCCAAUUUACCAUGGCAAUUAUGCGUCACAACAGUAGCCUAAUAUUAAAGCAGCUAAAAUUGCCUGGCCUUUCACAAUAUUUCAAAAUACAUUCACGGGGAAAACAGUUUGGAAAGCAAAUGGCUAGCCUACUGCUGAAAAGAUAAGACUUUAAUCUGUCUGUUGUUAGGCUAGCGAACUAUUUUAUUAACUUCCCCAACUCUAAACAUCUCCCCCAGGCCUUUCCACGGCUAUGCCUACUGUUUUUAAUAGGCAUAUGGAUAACAUGGGUUCAGGGUAGGCCUAUCACAUCACACAUUGAAUUUUAAGGAGAAAGCAAGUGCCAUGAUAGCACUGAAUUUUAAAAAAUGCUCAGGAGUAGAAUUGGUAUAUCCAGAAACCAAAAAGCUGAACAGAUAAGUACAUCUUUGAUUUGCAGGAGGGGGGAAUUGCAUUGAAUCAAAUUGUUAAUUUCCAAUGAUUUACCGCUCAUAAUGUCAGGGUACCCAAGUGUUUUUUUUCCAAAGAUGAAUUGCUUUUCUUUUCUAAGGGUUUGAUAGGGAAAAAACGUCAAUAUUGCAUUAACAGGACACGUUACAAAAUAUUGGGGACCCAUUGUUACUUUAAGGGUGUGUUCGCAAAUUCAAUCUGGAGUGCCAGAGUGCGCUCCGAGUGCGUGUCCGUUCGUAAAUUCAGAGCGUUUCACUCUCAGAGCGUUCAGAGCACACACUGGACGCUCUGUCCCAGGAGUAGGGAUGAUCUGAGCGUUCUGACCUCACAACCGCAGUCAAGCAUCCAAGCUAACUGGCUAACGUUAGCUAGGUUGCUAGCUAAUUCCAGACACAAAUUAGAUAAAAUCUCACUCUGACCAUUUGACUUGCCCUAGCAGAGGUGGUUAGGCUGUGUUCAUGUUAUCCAGAGCGUUGGUAACUGUAACUGUGCUGCUGGCAACAUUUUAAUUACGCUUUUUGCCGACUUUACUGACACCGGCCAUAUUUAACUGGUGUUGAGAUUUCGUAAAUUCAUCCGUUAUUCUGCGCUCUGGCACACUCAGACGAGAGUGCUCUGAAAUAGCAGUAGAUAGCCAAAGCAAAUGUAUGAACGCACCCUAACAGAAAGUAUAUUGUUGCAUUCUACUUCAAUUUCAAUGUCCGUAGUAAUGUGGUUUUCAUCUUUUUUUCAUUCGAGUGUAGCACUGUACUGGGCCUGUACUGCUGCUUUAAUGCAGCACUGCUCCCAGUCAUAAUCUAUUGGAGCGCUGAGCACCAAUACCAUGCAGCUUUGUACAAAGAGAUCUACUCCCUCCCCCAGCCACAGAACAGUAACCCAUGCAAUGCACAGAGGUGGGAGAGACGGAGCUACGCUCACAUCGUAUCAGUAAAAGGGAAUAUUUUUGCAAUAUUUUGUGCUAAAAAGAUACUGGAAUAUUCAUGAUCAAAUUGCUUAUGACUGCGAUGUUUUGCAAUCCAGAACUUCGUUUGCAUCAAAUGUACAUCUUCUUUGGAAAUGGGGAUGAUUCUGCCUGAAGGGGCGUUUUGGUUGUUCUUUCUGCUGUGGAAUACAAUAGAAGCGCAGAUCCGCUACACUAUUCCAGAGGAAUUGAAAGAAGGAUCUAUUGUUGGUAAUAUAGCAAAGGAUCUUGGUUUGGAAGCAUCUGAGAUUUUUGUGCGUAAACUAAGGAUAGCCUCCGAGGCUGAUAAGCAGUAUUUCAGUGUGGAUUUGAGAAAAGGCGAGUUGGUUGUCAAGGAGAGGAUAGACAGAGAGCGUCUUUGCGGAAAAAGCGCCAGUUGUCUGUUACCACUGCAGGUUGUUAUUGAGGAACCCCUCCAGCUUUACCGUGUUGAGGUGGAAGUCCAGGAUAUCAAUGAUAAUGGCCCAGUCUUUCUUUCUACCGAACGGGUUCUUAAUAUUGCAGAAUCUACAGCGACCGGGACACGAUUUCCACUUACAGGUGCAAAAGAUCCUGAUGUGGGCUCCAAUUCCCUCAGCUCAUAUAAAUUAAAUCAAAAUGACUUGUUUGUUUUAAAUGUUAAGACAAGUAGAGAUGGGACGAAAAUACCAGAGUUAGUUUUACAAAAAGCGCUAGACAGAGAGAAACAGGCUGUUCAUCAGCUUGUGCUGACAGCAUUAGAUGGGGGUAGCCCGGCCCUUUCAGGAACUACGGAUGUCACUGUUCAAGUUGUAGAUGUCAAUGACAAUGCCCCAAUCUUUGAGAAAUCUCUUUAUGAAUCUUCUUUACGAGAAAAUGCACCGGAAAGUACAGUGGUGAUAGUCGUUAAAGCCGCUGAUGCUGACGAUGGUGCUAAUGGAGUGGUACAAUACUCCUUUGCUGAGCAGACGCCAGACAUCAUACAUGAAAUGUUUUCUAUUGACUCUGAGUCUGGACAGAUCACUGUGACUGGUAGUCUAGAUUAUGAAGAGAUUCACACUUAUGAAUUUAAUAUCCGCGCAACAGACAAAGCAGUUGCCGCUUUGGAAGGCCACUGCUCUGUUCAGAUAGAUAUAUUAGAUGUGAACGAUAACGCACCUGAAAUAGUCCUUACCUCUUUACCUAACCCUGUGAAAGAAGAUGCUCCUUUAGGAACAGUUGUUGCUUUGAUAGGCGCAAAAGAUCUAGAUUCAGUGGAUAAUGGGAAGGUCCAUUUGAGUUUACUAGGUAGAUAUCCAUUUAAACUGAAAACGUCGUUUGCAGACAAUUAUGCAAUAGUUACAGACUCUAAACUCGACCGAGAGGUACUUUCUGAAUACAAGCUGAAAAUUGUCGGCUCUGAUUCGGGCUCUCCCCCCCUCACUUCACAAAAGGAAGUUAUUGUACGAGUUUUAGACGUUAAUGACAACCCUCCAGUUUUCUCUCAGCCGUCUUACACUGUUUAUGUCAAAGAGAACAAUGCUGCCGGAUCAAUAAUGUGUUCAGUGUCCGCUACAGAUCCAGAUAUAGGAGAAAAUGCCAAGAUCUCCUAUUCUAUAUUACACUCUAAAGUACAAGACGUGUCUGUCUCUUCCUAUAUUUACUUGAAUCCAGAUAACGGCAGCAUCUACAGCAUGCACUCGUUUGACUAUGAGAAACUGAAUGUGUUUCAGAUUCAGGUGCAGGCAAAGGACCACGGCUCUCCGUCUCUGAGCAGCAACGUCACGGUUCAUGUUUUUAUUCUGGACCAGAACGACAAUGCCCCCGCUGUUAUUUACCCCUCCGCUCUAAUGGGCUCUGUCUCCCAUCAGAAGAUGCCCCGAUCCGCUAAAGCAGGCCACCUCGCCACUAAGAUAUCGGCAGUGGAUGCAGACUCGGGCCAUAACGCCUGGAUUUCCUAUAAGCUGGCGGAGGCCACAGACUCGUCUCUGUUCAGUGUGAAUCUUUACACGGGAGAAGUGAGGACUAAACGCGCUGUUUCCGAGCAGGAUGACUCCUCUCAGAGGCUGCUUAUAGAGAUAAAGGACAAUGGGGAACCGGUCCAGUCCGCCACAGUCACAGUCAACAUACUGUUAGAGGACGGGCUGCAAGAACCCGUCUCGGACCACCGCCAGAAAACAGCAGAGCCCAGCAAGAGAAACAGUAAAAUCAUAGUUUAUUUGAUAAUCUCUCUGGCCUCAGUGUCCGGCUUGUCUUUGUUGACUUUUCUCAUCUUAGUGGUGAAGUGCGUUAG